AUUCAACAUCAAUCAUCAACCUCAAGCUUGAAACCAACGUCUUGGACUCGAUGUCGCCAAUUUGAUGGCCGCCAAAUGAUGGGCGAAGCUCCGCAGUCCCCUCGAAGACGCCACAUCCUCUCCUCCAUCAACCCCGACAAGCCUCGAUCCAGAAGAAGAAGCGCAUCACCAGACCGCGACGACGUCAAGAGGGAGCCAUCACCGCCGAGUCCGACGUCACAGCGCCCUGACGAUGAGCGCGACAAGGAUGCCGAUAGUACGAGGCCUAGGCGCUCGCGUCUCCGGCUGAAGGAUCACCAUAGAUCCCGUCGCACGUCUCGAGACCGCCACCGCGACCAUGAUGAUUCUCACAGGCGUUCGCAUCGUCGCCACCAUCGACAUCGUCGACGGCAUCGCUCUCCCACUCCGCCUAACCCUUACGAACCGGAACCUCUCGACCCCGAGGUUGCUUUCCGCGAGUCUCUCUUUGACGCCAUGGCCGAUGAUGAGGGUGCUGCGUACUGGGAGGGCGUCUACGGCCAGCCUAUCCACGUCUACUCCAACGAGCGCGUGGGUCCUACGGGGUACCUAGAGCAGAUGACGGAGGAAGAGUACGCUGCCCAUGUGCGCCAGAAGAUGUGGGAAAAGACGCACGCUGGCUUACUAGAGGAGCGUGCCCGCCGGGAAGAAGCAAGGAAGCGCAAGGCGGAGGAGGAUCGCCUUGCGCAGAAACUACAAGAAGACAUGGAGAGCAGUCUACGUCGCGGCGAGGAACGCAGGCAACGUCGACGAUGGGUGACACUAUGGGAAGACUACAUUUCCGCCUGGUCAGCCUGGGACGGCACACGUGCGACGCUCGCAUGGCCCGUGGAGAGCGGUCGUCGUGAGGACGUCGACGAAGCCGCAGUGCGCAAGUUUCUAGUCAACGGGCUGAACCCGCAAGAGAUUGGGGAAAAGGCGUUUGUGGCGCAGCUCAAGGACGAGCGUGUGCGGUGGCAUCCGGACAAGAUACAGCAGAAGCUGGGAGGUCAGGUAGACGAGGAUACGAUGAAGGGGGUGACGGCUGUCUUUCAGAUCAUUGAUAGACUCUGGGCAGAUAGCCGGCCCAAGGCUUGA